AUGAUCUCAUCCAGCCGUGUUGUAGUUUGUGUUCGAAAAGAAAGUGCAAGGUGCAGCCGGCUGUGCUUCGUCAUUAGUCUGGCGCCGUGCUGUGUGUUCGGGCCAGGCUGCCCCCUGUACCUAUAAUAUACGGCUCUCCUCCAUAGCUGGCUGUAGCCGUCACUCGGAGGAGAAGGGGGAGGAGCAGCCUGUUGCUGCCAUGGAGCUGUAGAGGUGGAGGCGGUGUGUGUGUACAGACUCUUCAGAUGGCAUCUGCUGCCCAGGGAGAGCUGAAGGGCUUCCGUGCCAAGGAGGGGGCUGAGCGACGCCGACUUAGAGAUCUCCUGUGUGACCAGCUCAGCAGAGAUCUGCUCAGACUCCUAAAUGAAGAAAUCCACCCAGAUCUCACUCUGUGUGUUGGACAGGCAACAUUUAAAGUACACAAGGCUGUACUCUGCGCGAGAGCUCCAAGAUUCUAUUGGUUUAUUAUACAAAAGGCCACAGAAGACACUGUUGCUGUGCAGCAUGUGGAACCAACUGAAAUAAAGAGCUUUUUAAAGCUUGUGUACUGCUCCCUCUGGAGUAUUAAAGAGACAGAAGACCAUAUUCUUGAGAUCAUAAAGAGCCAACCUAUUUCCGAUCAGGAUCACACUGAUGAAUGCACUAACUUGCAUAGUAGUUCACCUUCUACUGAAGAAAGCACUGAUUUUCCCAUUAACAAAUCUCCAGAGCACAAUACACACUCUGAGGAGAACCACAACUGUGAAGACGGAUACAAUAGUGAACCACCAUCAGAUCUUGGCAAGGACCUACUGUCUUUAUACAAAAGUUCUCAUUGCACUGAUGUCAUUAUACAGAUUGAAGACCAAUGUUUCCAUGUACACAGGGCUAUCCUGUGUGCUAGGUCCAGUUAUUUUGCUGCUAUGCUGAGUGGAUGUUGGGUUGAGACCUCACAAGACCUCAUCCAGAUUCAUAAUGUGAAACGAGCAGAUAUGACCGUCCUCAUGCAUUUCGUAUAUGGAGGAAUAAUGGAUCUUCCCAGAAGCACUGAGGCUGGUCAUAUUCUCUCUAUCGCUGACAUGUAUGGAAUGGAAGGGUUGAAAGAAGUUGCUGUCUAUGUUCUGAAGAGAGACUACUGCAAAUUCUUUAUCAAGCCUGUUGUUGGAAUGCAACAGUCAGUGUUGGACUGUCUCUCUAUUGCCUAUUCUGUAGGAGAGGAGCCAUUGUAUACCUCGUGUAUGCGAUGGAUGGAGAAGUAUUUUGUGAAAUGCUGGUCUGAAAGAAGUUUUGCCAGUUUGCCAGUAGAUCUGCAGAAUAGUUGCCUUUCUGCUUUGGUUCAGUCACUUUCCUGCAGGAAUGCCGCAUUUCUGCUGAUGGAAAGUGACAGGCUGCUCAGCAGUCUUCCUGAGGUGAAGUGGGCAGAAAGAGCGAGGAAUUUAGCUUCUGAUCUCCAGAAUGAAUGUGUGAGAUUUAUGGUGACAAACUUCUCACAAACCAUAAGAACUGAAAGUUUUACACAUUUGUUACAGGCCCAGGGGAUGAGCAGCCGGCCAUUUCUCUUAGAACAUAUUUUUAAUGAAAUAGAAAAAAGCAUUUCAUUUGAAAACUGCUCUUCUCUGUAUAUGGCUCUGGAUGAGUUAUUAAGGUUGGCAAUUGAAAAUGAAAUGGUUUUUACGUGCAAGAUCCAAGCUCUGCGUGAUAAGCUGUGGAGCUUCCUGGUCCAGUCUUUUUAUGCUGUACGGCACACAGAGGGCUGGAAAUUGAUGAGGCCGGGCGAUCAGGACAAAAUACAAGCAGCCGCAUUUGACAAAGGGGAUGAUCGAAGACUUGCAAAGAAGCCCACAUUCACUAGUUCCCAGCAAAGUCGACCUAAAAUUGUGAAGUCAAAAGAACGAUCGGAGGAAAGCAAGAGAUAUUCUGACAGUUAUAUUGCUCAGAGGAAGAUGAAAUCUGAUUCAUUGGGUGCGUCUGGACAUACAACAAAUUUAACUAGAAGUUCCUCUGGAAAGGGAAAAGAUGAUGACGUAAAGGGAAAGGACGGCAAGAAAGUGACCAGCAAAUUAUCUAAAGACCCAAAACAGGCAGAAAAGACCACUACAACGAGACCAAAACUCAUUGUGAAGACCAAAUUGGAAAACGGUGACCAUGCAAAGACUGAAGGUUGUGCUUCCAAAGGUGAUUCUGCCAGUAAUCCAAAGCCAGAAUCUGGAAGAACAGGUGCUAGGCCCAAAGCAACAAAUGGGAGUGUUAAUCCAACACCUAAAGUAAAGACACUGAAGAAAACUGGCAAAGAUCCUGCUUCUCCUGUGACAGGUACAUUGCCAAGUUUAAAAUCGGCAAACCUCAAUGGUGAACUUUCCAACGCUGCUUCAUCUCCAGGUGAGCAGAAUGCUGACCGGCCAUCUGAUAAGCAGUCAAAUUCUACAACAGGCUCACCUCAAUUUACGAAGAUGUUGAAAACGAAUCCAGAUUGUUCCAAAGAGAUGGCUGCAGGAGCAAAAUCAAGACCUGGCACAAAGAUUACCAAUGGGGUGUCUGCUAAAAGAAAGGUCAAUGAAGCUGAAUGUCGAGAGCCAAGCAGUGCAUCAACAAAAAAAUUACCCACUGAUGGAGGGAAUGACUCUGGGCUUCAGAAAAGAAAAGUAAUCCGAAUGGGAACUGCUGCUCAACAAAGGCCAAAGAGUGCCCCAGCUGCACUGUUGAAAAAAACAGGUGUAUCUGGCGAUACAUCAGACGUGCCUAAAUCUGUUUCUUCCAAACAAACUGAUGUCAAAUUGGAAGCCAAGUUAGUGAACCAUUCUAUUUCUGGGGAAAAACAUGUGUCUGUGAAUAAAAAGGCUACAAAACCAUUGGUCACAUCAACAAAUAAAACAAAUGCAACAGUGCCAAGUAAUAAGCACAGUUUAAGCAACAGUAAACCUUCUAUAUCAAAUCAUAAAGAAUCCAAGCCUAAGGCUCAAAGUAGUUCUAAACCUUUAAGCCUAAACCAAAAGUCACAUCAAAAGAGUUCUUCCUCUGCAGUCAAAAAAUGCUCCAACCUAGCUACAAACAAUGCAGAGAGCCCAGUGUCUGUAGCAGAUGAAGUCAUACAAUCCACUUCUCAUCAAUUAACAGAAGACAUUGCACAACCCUGUUCUGAAGGCCAGUCAUUCACUGUACACGAGUCUUGUCAGGAAAAUUCAAUGAGCAAUCAAGACUCUAUGACACAGAAGCCUAAUUUAGAGCAUUGCCAAUGCCAAGAAAAUCUUCCAGCAGCAUCUGUUCAUUUCACAUCCAAUUCAAAAGAAGAUUUGUCAGAAGCAACAAAUCAAACCAAAACAGCAAAUGUUGACAAUGCUGGGUCAGGCGAAGUGUAUAUUAUAAGUACUGCAGGAGAGAAGAAACCAGAUUGCAAAAAUAUUUGUGAUUCAGAGAACUCCAAAUUUGCUGACAGUUCAAGCGAAAGCGAGUUGUGUUCUGUCAAAGAAGUUGAAAGAAUUCCAAAACCAAAAGAGAAGGAAGAUGUGACAUUAUUCCCGUUCUCUCAGAACACUAGCAGAGUUGCGCCUAGUUAUAGUGCCACUGAAUCGCCUUUGAUGGGUAAUUCUACCAGUUGUCAGCCUGUGCUAAAUAAUAGUGAACCUUUUAUGAACUGUUCAUCUGAAAGACAGUUGUCUAAUUACCAAACAGAGAUGAAUGCCACAGAAGUAACUGAUCAUGAGAACUUUGAAUUUAUAGGUCAAUGGAAUAAACACUCGGGUAUGCUACAUGAGCGCGAGAGCCCAGAAUCGGAGAGUGGCAGUGCUAGUACAUCAUCUGAUGACAUCAAACCAAGGUCUGAAGAUUACGAUGCAGGUGGCUCUCAGGAUGAUGAUGGUUCAAAUGAAAGAGGAAUCUCUAAGUGCAGUACAAUGCGGUGCCAUGAUUUUCUUGGUAGAAGCAGUAGUGACACAAGCACCCCUGAAGAAUUGAAGGGUUAUGAUGGAAGCUUAAGAGUUGAUGUAAAAUUGAAGAAAGACAAUGCAGAGUUAUUCCGAGUCAAUUCCACCAGUGAUGAUGAAGGACCUCAAAGAAGAAUGGAACCAUGGCUGCAAAGGGAUGUGCACAAACAUAGUUCUCAUCACACAACAGUUUGCAGCAGUGUGCAGUUUUCUCAGGAAAUUGAACACCUAUCUUCAUCCGCUGAUGAAACUGAAGAUGAGCGAUCAGAGACUGAAAGCACUGGCCUCAAAGUUCCAGAAGAAGUUGUCACUCAGCCCUUUCAAGGCAUUGUUAAUUUAGCUUUUGAUGAUGUUGCUGAAAUGGAGGGUGACUCCCAGCAAGCUACUGAAAAUAAAAGUUUUAAGAGGUCUGUCCUCCUCUCUGUGGAUGAGUGUGAAGAACUGGGAUCCGAUGAAGGAGAUGGUCAUCCUUUACACAUGCGCAAACCUGCAUCACGAACGUCAUUGGACGUGUUUGAGAGAAACGGUACUGAGAACUGUUCUGGAUGCUCCCAUGACCCAGGAUCCAUGGAGGGCAAGGCAGAAUGUGCUUCUUUGACUUGUAAUCAACCAACAAGUGAUAUAAAGUCUGUUGACGAGGACUUUGAAGAGUCUGAUGCAUGUAAAGGCUACUACAAAUCAACAGAAUGUGAAAUUAAGUCUCAGACAAGACCAUGCCAUUUGGAUCUAUAUACUGAAUUGCCUUCUGAUACACAAAGGUUUUGCUGUACUAAAACUGGUAAUGCAUGUAAGAGUCAGUUUCUUGACUACCAAGGCAGAGACCACCAUGUACCAUCUACUGAAAGCUCCAACACUGCUUUAUCUGCAGGAAACAUAGAUGAUAAUGACUCAUUGGCCCAAACCUGCAUGUAUGAUCAUCGUCCUCCAAAGUCCCUUUCUCCUAUAUAUGAGAUGGAUCCUGGCGAAGGAAUUGAGCAGAGACUGAAGACUGAAGCUAGAAUAAUGGAUAUUGAAAUUCAAGAUCAGCAGUUUGUAGAGAGGGACUGGACACUACUAAGACAGCUGCUAGCUGAUCACGGAUCAGAUGUUGAUAUCAUAAACUCCGUCCCUGAGGAUCUCAGCCUAGCACAGUAUCUAAUCAAUCAGACAUUGCUCUUAGCUAGAGAGAAUUCUAAAUCUCAGGGCAAAGCAUGGGGGGAUUUGUCCUCUCCGUUCGAAGAUUCUACAAGCAUCACAGUGACUAGUUACUCUCCUGAUGAGUGUUCAUCCCCCCAUGGAGAAUGGACUAUCCUUGAAUUAGAAACCCAUCACUAGAUUACAUUGUUUUCACUGUUUUUGAUCCAACAAUAUUUCCAGGGGUUUGUUACAGGUAACAGCUGAAUGUUGUAAUAUCCAUUCAAAUUUAUAUGAAGCUGUUUAUAAGUAACUUAUAGUCAUUUAAGUAAAUCCUACAGCUGUACACUAAAUUUUCCAUACAGCUUGUACUGGCCUAUGUGUUUUUCUUUACAAUAUAUAUAAAUCAAUAAUGCAAAUUCUUUUACUAGAGUGUAUAUAAUCUAUAUAUAUAUAUAUAUAUAUAUAUAUCAGAAAAACAACAAAACGCUACAUAUAAAAGUAAAUAUCAGAUUUCUAGCAAGUAUCCUGGCUUUUUCUUCCAGCUGACACAGCUCACUUAUUUACAGAUAACAAUAGUUGGGUUAAAAACAGUUUGUGCCAAGGGCACAUUUUUUUACUUGCCAAGUUUUUAUCACAUUGAUUGGUCAAGCAAGACUUGGGCAUGCCAUUUGUGUGUGGUACUUGAUAAGAAACUGUCUUGAGAAAAUUCUAAUUUGUAUGAAUGCUGUGUUUUCAAAAUUUGAUAAUUGGUCUUUGCUUCUCAGAGCCUCCUUAGGAGGCCAAAAUGUAAAUAAAAUAGAAUUGAUAUUA